CGAGAGAGCUGGGUCGGGUGGGAGGAGGAAGAAGCAGGGGGGAGGAGGGGAGCGACGAGAGCGACCUGUCAGCUGGGCGCGGCGUGGGAAGAGGGGCCGGCCCGUGCGGAGACCCAGCCGCCGACAUGCCCGGGAUAGACAAGCUGCCCAUCGAGGAGACGCUGGAGGACAGUCCCCAGACACGCUCUUUGCUAGGUGUAUUUGAAGAAGAUGCUGCAGCCAUUACUAGAUAUGUUAACCAGCUGUAUCAGGCCAUGCACCGCAUUUAUGAUGCACAGAAUGAAUUAAGUGCAGCAACACAUCUGACUUCAAAGCUUCUAAAAGAAUAUGAGAAGCAGCGUUUUCCCUUGGGUGGUGAUGAUGAAGUUAUGAAUUCUACUCUGCAGCAGUUUGCAAAAGUGAUAGAUGAGCUAAGUUCUUGUCAUGCAGUACUGUCAACUCAGCUAGCUGAUGCCAUGAUGUUUCCCAUUACCCAAUUCAAGGAAAGAGAUCUAAAAGAAAUCUUGACUUUAAAAGAAGUUUUCCAGAUCUCAAGCAAUGAUCAUGAUGCUGCUAUCGCCAGAUAUAGCCGACUGUCAAAAAAGAGAGAGAAUGAGAAGGUCAAAUAUGAAGUUACAGAAGAUGUCUAUACUUCUAGGAAGAAACAACAUCAGACUAUGAUGCACUAUUUCUGUGCAUUAAAUACUCUUCAGUACAAGAAGAAAAUUGCUAUGUUAGAACCUUUGUUAGGAUACAUGCAAGCUCAGAUAAGCUUCUUUAAGAUGGGCUCAGAAAAUCUUACUGACCAGCUGGAAGAAUUUUUAACAAAUAUUGGAACAAGUGUACAGGAUGUUCGCAGGGAAAUGGAUCAUGAAGUAGAAACCAUGCAGCAGACUAUAGAGGACUUGGAGGUAGCUAGUGACCCAUUCUAUUUGCCUGAUCCCGAUACUACAAAAUUUCCUGCACAGAGGAACCUUACUCGGAAAGCUGGUUAUCUUAAUGCAAGAAAUAAAACAGGGCUGGUGUCUUCCAGUUGGGACAGACAGUUUUACUUCACUCAGGGUGGAAAUCUAAUGAGCCAGGCAAGAGGUGAUGUAGCUGGAGGACUUGUUAUGGAUAUAGACAACUGUUCAGUAAUGGCCGUGGAUUGUGAAGACAGAAGAUACUGCUUUCAGAUAACAUCUUUUGAUGGCAAAAAAUCUUCAAUUUUGCAGGCAGAGAGCAAAAAAGAUUAUGAAGAGUGGAUAUGUACAAUAAACAACAUCUCUAAACAGAUAUACUUAAGUGAAAACCCAGAGGAAAUUGCUGCACGUGUAAAUCAGUCAGCUUUAGAGGCUGUCACUCCCUCUCCAUCUUUCCAGCAGAGACAUGAGAGUAUGAGGCCAGCAGUACAUCCUCGUCCUCCCACAACUCGCACUAGCAGCACUGGGUCUCUGGGAUCUGAUUCAGCAUCUCUGUCAGCACUUUCCUUGGAUUCAAUUGUUGCACCUGACACACCUAUACAAUUUGACAUCAUUUCUCCAGUAAGUGAAGAUCAGCCUGGUCAAGCAAAAACACCAGGGCAAUCAGGCAGGCGUACAAAUCCUUUUGGAGAAUCUGGAGGAACUAAAUCAGAAACAGAAGAUUCUAUCCUUCACCAGUUAUUUAUUGUAAGAUUCCUUGGAUCCAUGGAAGUGAAGUCUGAUGAAAGUCCUGAUGUUGUUUACGAGACAAUGCGCCAGAUACUAGCAGCUCGAGCUAUCCAUAACAUUUUCAGAAUGACUGAAUCACACUUGUUAGUAACGUGCGACUGUUUAAAGUUAAUUGAUCCACAGACCCAAGUUACAAGACUCAGGUUUCAUUUGCCAAAUAUAGUUCUGUGUGCCACACACCAGGAGAACAAGCGCCUUUUUGGAUUUGUGCUUCACACUUCAGCAGGGAGAACAGAUAGUAGACCAACUUCAGUCUGCUAUAUAUUUGAAUCAAACAAUGAAGGAGAAAAGAUCUGUGACUCUGUAGGACUUGCAAAACAGAUUGCACUUCAUGCUGAAUUGGAUCGUAGAACAUCAGAAAAGCAGAAGGAAAUAGAGAGAGUGAAAGAGAAGCAACAAAAAGAACUCAGUAAGCAAAAACAAAUUGAAAAGGACUUGGAAGAGCAAAGCCGACUAAUAGCUGCUUCUAGUAGAUCCAACCAAAGUGUUGGUGAAGGACAAUUUGUAGUCCUUAGUAGUAGCCAGUCAGAAGACAGUGAUUUGGGAGAAGAAGGAAAGAAGAAACGAGAAUCUGAAGCAUGAGAUUACUUCAGUGGGAGACAUCUGACGCGUUGUUGGAGAAUAGAUGGCAAAGGUGGAGGGUUUGCUUUAUUAGAUGAGAUAGUAAUAUUCUGAUCUCUUAGACUUUGCUUGCUUAAUGUAAAUAUGGAUUUCCUUUCAUAUCAUAAGGAACCAUGGUGGUGCUGUAAUGGCCGUAGCAGACGUGGAUCUUUUGAACUUCCUUUUCACUUAACUGGCUGUGCAGGUGACUUAAUGAGGAAGAAAUUGACAUAAAUUAAACAUAAGGACUAGGCAGAAACAUUUUAUAUUGACUUUUUGUUCUCUGUAGCCUGUGCUGGGAACUAAAAUGGGCUUUGAAUCAAGUGCUAACAUGUAGCUAAAUACUUCUGAGAAUUGGCCUGGGGCGUGGUGGUGGGAGUGUAAAAGAAAACAAAUAGCCCUGCAUUACUAUUUCUAGAUUAAAUAUGAGGCUACUUCUUUUAAAGAUUGCAUUGGAUAGUACUGGGCUUUAGGGAUGUGCGUGAGCUGGUUUGGUGCCACCUCUGGGAAGCGCUGAACCGGCUCAGGCGGCAGCAUUUGAACUGGCUUGGUGUGGUGGGGAGCAGUUUCCGUGAAAAGGCAGGUUAGCGGUGCCCACUCUCUAAAUGGCUGUGUGGGGCUGCGGCACUAUUCCCUGCAGCCUCUGUGUGGCAUCAGCACGUAUAUGUACACCAGCAACACCAUGCUGAUCAUGCAAAUACUUGCAUGACAUACGUGCUUUUUAAGCUCCUGACCUCCUUUUUGAGGGAACUGCUUCCUGCCCUUCCAGUGGGUGCACAUCCCUACUGGCCUUGCUUCUCCUGAACACAUUUCAGGGCUUUUUCUUGGAGGGUGAAAGGGAUUAAAUCAGAUUUAAAAAUUGAAGUGGGAUAUAAUUGCACCAUAUGUAUUUGUAACAAUAUACUGCAAAGCUUCCCAUGUCAAAAUGAGAAUACUGUGUGUAUCCUUCAAGCAAUUUCCAGCGGGUCUGCCAUGAUUACUGCCAUUACAAAUAGAUCCUUGGGGUCUCUCUUAAUCAGCAUGGUUUGAGAAUGUUGAUGAAAGGACUACAGCUGAGAUCAAAAUUACUUCUGUAUUCAGGCAACAAUGAUCUAACUUGGUUGAAAACUAAUUUGUAGGACUUCUUUGCUAAACAGUUCCACAUGCAACAUAGCACAUAAAUUGACAGUGAACUUUGUAGUGUAAAGCAUGAGAUCAAAUCAGCUAUAACCCCCCGCCCCCAUAUAAGUAAUAUUUAAUACAGAAGUCCUUGUUCUAUUAAGAACAUAAAUGAGUGGAAACAAUAAAGAAAUCCAUUCUGAUGGGUUGAGUCACCUGUUCCGUAUGUAGCCUACCUUGUUUUCUAAAUUCUUCUUUAUAUUUGUUCCUUAAAAUCAAGCAAAAUGGGUUUACUAGUUGGUGGACACCAUUUUUAAUAGAAGAAACCACUGUCCGCCCUUUUUUGUGUUUUUGGCUCCAGGUCUAAUUUAUCUCAUAAUAUAAACAAAGGAAGGCCAGUUGCACAUGAGAAACCCAUAUAUCCUUGUUACUCAAUAUGUGCAUCAUUCCACCCAGGCAUAGGUGUUACAUAUAUUUUCCUUUGUAGUAAGGAAGCAUUGCUCAGGGAAAACAACCACCAAUGUUUAAUACAAUUAUCUUUUUAAUGGGUGAAUAGAUUAAAAAAAAAUCAUAAUUUGGCAAUGUUAUCUUUUUGUGAAGUAAGAAGCACAAGGAAAUACAACAGAGGUCAUGUAUCUGGGACCUUUUGCUAUAUCCCAGACCUCUGCAGAGGGGAUGCUCUCUUAGAACCCUUGGAGGCUGCCUGGUGUGGCUUGCCAGGAAGCUUUUAAGUUCCUGUAGGAGUCUCCUUGCCCCAAGCUACUGAAAGAGAUUAAUAGGGCUUCAGUAAACAUAACAGGGGCUGCAGCUACUCACAGUCUGGCAGUGCCUCCUUUGUCCACCUCUGAUUUUCCACAGGUUUCAGCUUGAAUAUAAAGGUUGAUGGAAUGCCUUUCAUGUCAUUCUUGUAAGAAAUACUAACUUUAAAUGUGGCUUUAUCUUUUGAGGCCACUCACUCUGACAAAUUUUGUCAAUCAAUAAUUACGCUCCCUUUUUGAACUGCUUAAAGCCAUAUACUAUGAGAAGCCUGAAUUUAUGUUGAAGUGAAGCAGUUUUGGUAGCAAGCAACAGUUAAACUUUGGCCUCCACAUUUUCAAGCUAAGCUCAAGCAGUUGUCUUCUGCAGUUCGUGUGUUUGUGUGUGUGUGUUUACGCGCGCGUGCACUUGCAUGUAUAUGUGUAUAUAUGUAAAGAUGUAUGUUGAUACACUGUAUUAUAAUGUGUAUAAUACUUACAUUUCUUUAUUAAUGAAGCCAGUUGCUUUUUUUCUCUACCAGUGAAGUCAGAUAUUGGUUUUGCAUAUGUUACCCCUAGAUUCAGAAAAACUAUUAAGAGAGGGAUGGAUGCACAUGUCUAACAAUAGUGUGUGUGUGUUUAUGGGGGAGACAUCUGGAGUAGUCCACAGUUAAAAAGAUUGUAUAACUUUUUAAUAGUUAUGGAGGAAACCGAUAAUCUAGACCCAUUUCAAACUGGCUUUAGAGCAGGCUAUGGGGUUGAGUCUGCCUUGGUCGGCCUGAUGGAUGAGCUUUACCAAGGAAUCAACAGAGGCACUAUGACUCUGUUGGUUCUUUUGGAUUUCUCGGCAGCGUUCAAUACCAUCAACCAUGGUAUCCUUCUGGAUCACCUGGGGGAAUUGGGGAUAGGAGGCACUGCUUUGCAGGGGUUCCACUCCUAUCUCUUAGGCAGAUUCCAGAUGGUGGAGCUUGGUUUUGAAAUGGGAGCUAUUAUAUGGAGUCCCUCAGGCCUCCUGUCUAUCACCAAUGCUUUUUAACAUAUACAUGAAACCUCUGGGUGAGGUCAUCAGGAGAUUUGGUGCAGGGUGUUAUCAGUAUGCUGAUGAUACCCAAAUCUAUUUCUCCUCCUCCUCAUGAAAUGGCAUUCACUCUCUAAAUGCCUGCCUACAGGCAGUAGUGGGCUGGAUGAGGGAUAACAAAUUGAAGCUGAAUACAAGCAAGACAGAGGUGCUCAUUGUGGGGGACUGGAAUUUGAGGGAUGAGUUAGAUCUUCCUGUGUUGGAUAGGGUUACACUCCCCCAGAAGGAACAGGUAUGCAGCUUAGGAGUGCUCUUGGAUCCAGGCCUCACCAUGGUAUCUCAGGUGGAGGCUAUGGCCAGGAGCGCUUUCCAUCAGCUUCGGCUGAUUCAACGGCUGUGUCCAUUCCUUGAUGAGAAUAAUCUCAAAACAGUGGUGCAUCAGCUGGCAACUUCCAGGCUUGAUUGUUGCAGUGUACUCUAUGUGGGACUGCCUUUGUACAUAGUUCGGAAGCUUCAGUUCAAAAUGCAGCAGCCAGACUGGCUCUGGGGUAACCCAGAGAGACCAUAUUAUGCCUGUUUUGAAACAGCUGCACUGGCUGCCGAUAUGUUUCCGGGCAAAAUACAAAGUGCUGGUUAUUACCUUUAAAGCCCUGAACAGCUUGGGCUGCCUUAGAAUGCGACUUCUUCUGAAUGAUCUCCAUCGCAUGUUGCGGUCAUCUGGAGAGAUCCGUCUCCAGUUACCACUGGUAUGUCUGGUGGCAAAUCGGAACUGAGCCUUCUCUGUAGCUGCUCCUGGCCUAUGAAAUGCACUCCCAGCUGGCAGAUAUCUGCAGUUUAAGCUCGUUGUUGGUCUUUAAGAGAGCCCUGAAAACUUAUUUGUUUGGCCUGGCCUCCCAAAGUUUUUAAAUUGUUUUUAGGAAUUUUAAUUGGUUAUAAAUGGUUUUGAAUGGUUUUAAAAUUGUUUUUAUAUUGUUUUUAGUAGUGUGUUUGUUGUAUGUCUUUUUAAACUUGUUGUGUACUGCCCAGAGCCUUUGGAUGGAAUGGUCAUAAAUGUAAUAAAUAAAAAAAUAAUAAAUGGGCCAGCACAGGAUGAAACCAUGGAUAGCAGUUUUCUCUGGUCUGGUGUAUUUAUUUGGCAGUGCUUUAAUAGGUCUUAACCCUGGAAGUCAUGCAGAUUUUUCUGCAUUAUAUUAGAAAGAUUUUGCUAAUCAGAAUGUGUAAAUUCACCCUUAGGGCUGUUUCCCAUUAGUAUUUCUAUUGGAGAUGAUCCCUGUAUAGAAAAACAUGUAACUUGGCUAUCUGGUAUACUUGUGGUGUAAAGAUCAUUCAGUGUUGGUAGUGUUGUGGAAUUGCCCAGCAUACAACUAAUGGACCGUAGUGUAAAUAUAUGUGACAAUUACAGAAUAUACUGCUAUGUAGUACAAAAGGUGGCUAAUGUUGUGUGGCCAAAUAUCAUUGUGUGCACACAAAAGGGGAGGGGUGAUUUUUUGCUGAUACCCCCUCCCCCAAUGUGUUCCUCUAUUCUACCUGAAAAAGCACAGAGGAUUGGGACCUGCAACUUAGUGGUAGAGCAUCUGUUUUGCAUGUAUGAGGUUCCAGGGACAAUCCCUGGCAUCUCCUCGUCGGGGUGAGAGAGAGUCCUUCCUGAAACCUUGGAGGGGCAUUGUUAGUCAGUGUAGAGAAUACUGAGCUAGAAGAACUGCUGGUCUGAUUCGGUAUAGAGCAGCUUCCUAGAUUCUUACAUCCCUGAGAGUCCAGCAGCCCUCAGAGACAUUUUGGGGGGGAAGCAAAGAGGGCUGCAGAGGGUGAAAAUCAGUGAAAAUUGCUGUUCCACCAUUGCAUGUAUGCAAUGUUUGGUAUGCACAGUGUUCAUCUAAUGUUUGUCUAAUUGCCCAGAGACCCAAGUUUUGGGCAGUCUACAAAUUUGAAAAAUAAAAAUGAAUAAAUAGAUACUUGCUGGUAAAUUAAAUAUAAAAUCCUGGAAAAACUACCUCCUGGCAUCAUCAUCCUCACUGGCUUGUAAGGCAGUAUGGCUGAAAGGUGGGAUUAUACAUUGAUUAAAUAGAAAACUGUGACAUUUAGUACAUAUUACAUAUGACUUGGAAGUGUGCAAGUGUAUUACAUAUUGUUGUAACCUUAUGCCCAUCAACUAUAGUUUCAAAAUGAUAAAUGACUGCCAAUGAUAACAUGUACUGGCUGAUACACUUGACUAUUUUGAGCAAUUUCUCUCAUCAUAUCACUUUGGCAGGGGUUGGCAACCUUUGCUCUCCAGCUGUUGUUGAAAUACAACUCCCAUCUUUCCCAGCCACCAUUUAUUAUGUUGGGGAUGAUGGGAGUUGUAGUUCAACAACAGCUGGAAAGUCAAGUUUGCUAGCCCCUGCACUAUCAGUAUCUGGUGGUAUCAUCAGAGAGAUUUUGUCAAAACAGUAUCCUCUGAGGAAGAAAAAGGAAAUGCACACAUUACCUGAAGUGCAUAUUUCUUCACUGACUGCCAGCUAGUAAUUUGAAUCAAAUCAAUAGUACUGCUAAUGUUGCAGGAUAUUUUACAUUGACCAUGUACACUGCCUGUACCAUACAAAUGUCAGGUGGUUUAUAAACAUGAUAGAUGUUUGUCUGUCAACUGUAAAUUAAUUAUCUAAUAACGUAUACACAUGUACAUACAUAAUUGUAUGCACACUUCUCUUUUUUGUAUUUUAUUUCACAUUAUAUCAGGAGGCACUCUUCCCAUGACUUUGUUUUAAAUUUACCUUUUGUAAUAUAUAGCAGUAUGUUCUGUAAUUGCUAAUUAUACUGAAAAUACAAAAGUUUUUUCAAAAUAAGUUUUCUGUCACUGGAAGCAUUUUUUUGUUUUUGUUUAACUGUUGCGAUUGGGCUUAUGGUAGCAUAAAGAUACUCAUGCUGUGUUUCACACUGGUUGGUUUGGGUGUAACACAGAGCCAUGGUUUGUGUUAACCAUAGUUAAGAACCCAAACCAUGGUUUUUGCUUCCAAACAUCUACUUCUCUGCUUUUGUAUCUCAUCUGCUGAGGAUUCUGCAUCAUACGGUUGUAAGUUCACUCCUGUUGCCAUGGUGGAGUAGCCUAUUGAGAUGGAGCAAUGUCUAAUGGUGGUUUAGUGGUUGUUUGUGAAUUCAGACAUAAUGCGAAGCCACAGUUAGCAUGAACUGUGAUUUGCAAACCAACCUCAAACCCUGGGGUCAGACUGUGGUUUUGCAGUCUGAAAUAAACCACAUUUUUAUUGAGUGGCAUGGGUUCAAGCAUACAAACUAACCACAGUUAGACAAAAUAAAAAAUGGCUCCACAUUAUAACUGAACCAGCCCUAAAGAUUGUCUUCAUGGAAGAUUUUGUAAUGCUUGUAGUAAUGUUUUAGUAAUUAUGAAACACUUUUUACUGUUACAUAUACAAGGUAAAUAACACUGUGUUUUGUUUGUUAAAUUUGGCAUUUAACCAUGCCAAAGCUGAAGAGUUGAAUUCCACAGGUUGAGCACAAUUGCCUGAGCAAUGCAUGUGUUUUACAGCUGGGGUUAUGGGGUUUUUUUUGUACAAUAGAAUUGAUCAGGUUUGGGGGGGACAAAGCUGAAGAAAGAGAUGAAAUAGUUAAUUUUUUUUUUUUAGAUAGGUGAGCACUCUUACCUAAGAGGUGUGUUUCUAUGCUAUCCAGAAAUAUAGCAAAGAAAAAUAUUUUUGCAUGUUUCCCUUCAAUGUAUUGUCGUCCAUAGACAUUCCUUUAAUUUGUUCGCAUGUGAAGCAGAUGUUAAAAAUCCUGAUCAGAAUUAUCACUGAUUCAUUCAUUCUCUCUCUCUCUCUCUUAACAAAAAGACCACCUAGUUUCGAGUGGACAGGUGUUAACAUUUUAACUGUAUUUCUGGGCAUCCUGUCUUCAGAGUUGCAUAUGUGAAACAAAUAGCUAUCUUCUCUCUGCAAAUACAUAUAUCAAGCAAUAAACUAAGAUCAUCAUGUGAUCUAGUUUGGUAGAAAGUAUAAUCUAAAAUGUCCUUCUGAAAGUGUUCCAUAAUGGGAUUUAUAAGCAAGCCAAGAAUUUUGUACAAUAAAUUUGGAGGUGACCUUUAUCGUGUAAUGGAUUGGUCAAAUUCUUACAGUAAUGUAAUGGUUUGGUCCUGUUCUAGUGAUGUGCUUUUUUGCAGUGUUUCAAAGAACCAAAUACAGUUUCCCUGAGUACUUGUAAUUAAUAAUCUCCAAAUGUUAUCAGAUUUAUGUUAUCAAUUGCAGACUGAAAUCUGCAUGCUAAUAAAACUGUUUGGAAACAAAGUUCAGUUAAUUUUAGAAGAUGGUUUUCUGUAAUGAUUGUGUAAAUAUACUUCAUUUACAGUUGCUCCCCAAAAGCCCAUCACAUAUCCCAAAAUUUGAAAAGUACCUGAAAUGCUCUGUUGUCAAAUGUAUUUUAAAUUUCAGUCAUGCAAUAAUCUUAUCCAUAUAUUUAAUAUAGCCAGAGAAUCAUUUAUUGUACUUAAUAAAAAUAUUAACAGUU